GGCUUGGUUCUCACAACCCAUCGAACUCGAUGUGAAUCGCAUUUCAUUUAUCAUCUCUUUACGAACUGGUUCAAAAAAAGUUUUAUAUACAAAAAAGCGAAAAAAAACAAACAAAAAUGGUGUCAGUGCAAACUAUUGGAACUAUAGUGUUAAAAGCCUUAAAAUUGGUAAUAAAUUUAAUCAUUUUGAUUCUCUACCGAACUGGAUACUCGGGAGAAUUUCUUGGAGUUGGAGGGACAUGGAAUUUAAAUGAAGACAAAAAUCCAGACGCAGAAAUUGUUGCUUCUGGUGUUUUUGUUGGAUUUUUCAUUUACACGGCUGUAAUUUUACUUGGCUUUUGCUUUGGAAGUACCGAAGAAAAACGAAGUCUUACUGAAAUUAUUAUGAAUUUUGUUGGAAUGAUUAUGUUUCUUGCCGUUGGUGGAACGGCCCUUCAUUAUUGGCAUGGUUAUCAACCAGAGCAUAAGUUAAUGUACGAUACAACGGAAAGACAGGUUGGACUGGCGUUGGGUUCACUUUGUGUCGUCGAAGGAGCGGCGUAUCUAAUCGACUUAAUUUUGAGUUUCUUACAUUUUGCCAAAGAAGAAUUUUAAGAGACAAAUCUUUAAAGAAACUAUUGAUAAAAGAAAACGAAAGUUCCUGACUAUUAAAAAUUUGCUCCAAAAAAUUUUUUUGAAAUUUCAAUCAAACUGAUUGAAAAUCGUUAAAUUAUUUUCGAUUUUUAUUAUAUUCACAAUUUCAAUCUAAUUGAAAUUAAAUAAUUUAGAAAAUUAUUUAGAAAAUUAGAAAAAUAAAUUUAAAUACGACAAAAAAAUUGAGACAAAUUUAGUUUAGUAAAAUUAAUUAAAUUGACAAAAUUUCAAAUUAUCUACUUAAAUUCAGUUUCCUUUUGUUUUACUGCAUUUAGAAAAAAGUAUUUCGAAAUUAUUUCGUACUUAUGACAAUUGUCUGGUACUCUCUUAUAAUUAAGGUGCAUUCAACGAAAAACGAUCUCAUCUUUUCAUUCAAGCAGUGAAUCACGUUACACAUAAAACUGAAAUCAAUAGAGCAUUAGUCAUGAAAGUACAAUUUUCACACACUAACACAAUCAUUCGAGGAACGCACGAUUUUUCAAUUCAAGAGUUACUGACUCAUUUGACAAUUGAAAAAAAAACACAUUAUCAUUAAAUGUCUACGUUAUUUCUCUAUAAUAGAAAAACCAAAUUCUCUAUUUAUAUUUUAAUUAAAUGAAUUUUUAUUAAGUAUAGGUAUCUUUACUUUUAGUGUAAGUCUUUCAUUAUGUAAAAUAUUUUUAAUAUAAAAUAAAAUUUUC